AUGAAGUCCGUUGUUGCUCUCUCUUUGCUUACCACCGCCCUGGGUGCCCCGACCCAGACCGUCAACCACCGGUCGUUGAUUGGAAGAUCCAGCACCGGUACCAGUGACGGUCUGAGUGCCUUAGCAUCCCUAUUCCCCAUCAGUGGCGCCAGCUCCGGCACCAGCACCAGUGAUGGUUUGGGUGCUUUAGCAUCCCUUGGCGCCAGCAGCGGUUCCAGCACCAGCGACGGGCUGGGCGCCUUGGAGUCCCUGUUCCCGAGCAGUGGCACCAGCAGCGGUUCCAGCAGCGGCUUCAGCAGCCUCUUCGGCCGUUCUACGACCGAAUCCUCCACGGCCAACGACGUUACCGAUAAGACCGGCUGCAAGGAGCUCACCUUCAUUUUCGCCCGCGGUACCUCCGAGACCGGCAACAUGGGCACCAUCGUGGGGCCUGAGGUGGCCGCUGACCUGCAGACCCUGACCAGCGACAAGGUCGCCGUGCAGGGUGUUGACUACCCUGCCGACUGGGCCGGUAACGCCGAGAUGGGCGCCUCGGGCGGCAGCACCAUGGCCUCUUUGGUCAAGCAAGCCAUCAGCCAAUGCCCCAACACCAAGGUCGUCUUGGGCGGCUACUCGCAGGGCGCGAUGGUGGUGCACAACGCCGCGAGCCAGCUGAGCUCUGGCGAGAUCCAGGCGGCCGUGCUUUUCGGCGACCCGCUUAAGGCCGAGUCGAUCGACAACCUCAGCUCCUCCAAAGUCAAGGAGUUCUGCGCCACUGGCGACCCGGUCUGCGAGAACGGCGCCGAUGUCAUGGCCCACCUGUCCUACGGCGAUGAUGCGCAGACGGCGGCGCAGUUCCUGGUCAGCGCGGUCGGUCUGUAAGGGAUUUCCUCACGGACUCAAACUAUCUGAAUAGACUUGUGCCAGGAGGGUGGAGGGGAAUUUUGGAGUGGCG